GUUGUUCCACAAACGGAAUCACCACCUGACUCUGGUGUUGCUAACCUCAUUAAAGAGGAUUGGAAGGGGGUUACACUGGAAUUAAUUAGAGGUCUUCUGCCUCCCACCGUCCUCCUCUGACAGCCUGCUUAACAAACAGCCUCCUGGGACAGGCGGUGUGGAGUUGUGAAUGGACGAAGGGGCGGGUUCAGUCCGACGGACGCAGCUCUCCCGGCGGAGGAGCGCACAGAGCAGAGCGCAGACGGAUGGAGCGGCUGCUGCGCUUUACUUCACACAUCUGAACACACUUUGAGCAAAGAGCCUCGUUUUCUUCACAGGAGACACUUUAAGAGAUUAACAAGGGAGUUUCUUUUCUUUUCUUUUUUAAUUUAUUUGUUGCCAAGAUCAGGGAGUCGUGAAUAGGAAAAGUCCAAAACUGAGGACAGGAUGGAUUCUUCACAUGUGCUGUGUCUGCUGCUGCUGUACGGAUACCUGCCAGAAGUGUCGUCGGUGCAGAUGUGUGAUGUGGUGAAUGAGAUCGAGCUGGAGAAGGAGCGCUGCGAAAAUAGUACCUCCGGGAACGUCACUACAGGUUGCCAAGGCAUGUGGGACAUCGUGGCCUGCUGGCCUUCAGCCAGGGUUGGAGAGGUGGUUACAAUAACCUGCCCCACGUACUUCAGCUACUUCAGUGACCAACAGAAAGGGAACCUCUCCAAAACCUGCACGGCAGACGGCUGGACCGAGAUGCAUCCUAUUGACAUCGCUCUGAACUGUGGAUACAAUCUCAACAGCACGGGCGAUGAUGGAAAGUUUUUCUGGCAGGUGAAGAUUGGCUACACCAUUGGCCACAGUGUUUCACUCAUCUCUCUCACUACAGCUAUUGUGAUCCUCUGCAUCUUCAGGAAGCUCCACUGCACAAGGAACUACAUCCACAUGCAUCUCUUUGUGUCGUUCAUCCUGAAGGCCAUCGCAGUGUUCAUCAAAGACGUGGUUCUCUAUGAGGUCGGCGAGGAAGACGACUGCUCCUCAGGCUCUGCUGGCUGCAAAGCUGCGAUUGUGUUCUUCCAGUACUGUAUAAUGGCCAGUUUCUUCUGGUUGCUGGUGGAAGGACUUUAUCUUCAUGCACUGCUGGCAGUCUCCUUCUUCUCUGAGAGGAAAUACUUCUGGGCCUACAUUCUGAUUGGCUGGGGAGGUCCAACUAUUUUCAUCACAGCCUGGAGCUUCGCUAAAGCCUACUACAAUGAUGUGGGGUGCUGGGAUAUAAUCGAGAAAACCGAUAUGUUCUGGUGGAUCAUUAAAACACCUAUACUGGCAUCAAUCCUGAUGAACUUUAUUCUCUUCAUCUGCAUCAUUCGAAUACUUCGCCAGAAGAUCAACUGCCCAGAUAUUGGAAGAAAUGAGUCCAACCAGUACUCGAGGCUGGCAAAAUCAACGCUGCUUCUAAUUCCUCUGUUUGGGAUCAAUUUUCUCGUGUUUGCAUUCAUCCCAGAGCAAGUGAAGACUGAGCUGAGGCUAGUUUUUGACCUGAUUUUGGGAUCGUUUCAGGGCUUCGUGGUCGCCGUUCUUUACUGCUUCCUCAAUGGAGAGGUCCAGGGGGAGAUCAAGAGGAAGUGGCGGCGGUGGCACUUGCAGAGAUACAUGGGCUCAGACACCAAGUACCAACACCCGUCUAUCGGCAGCAGCAACAACUUCAGCACCCAGAUCACCAUGCUGACGCGAUGUAGCCCGAAAACACGCCGAGGUUCAUCGUCCUGUCACGACGACCUGUCAAGCAUAUGACUCUGAAAAACACACACAAACAUGCCAUAAAAUGCUCUCAUGCCAAACAUUAGAGAGGAAGCUUAUGUAGGUGUGGAUGGUCAUGUUUGAGUGGAGCGAGGACCAAGAAAAGGGAAGAAAGCAGUGUGAGCAGCUCUGAAUCUUCACAUUUCUUUCAUCAAAAUAAGCUUACAUGACAACGUUACAAGCUUCACAAGCACAGCUUUUGCACAUUUCAAUUAGAACCAUAUGUGUACAGGUGAAUUUGUGGGUCACGUCAUUACGUUCAGCCAAUCAGGAUCUGAUUCCCUCUGUGCUCUGACACCACACAAAGUGAAAUGUGAUGCGUUUUUAUGUGGCGUGGUGACUGAUCCAGACUUGAACUGUGCCAAACGACACACAAUCUGAUGUGAUUGUGAACCGAUAACAGGAUUCCUGCAGCUCUAAAUGAACAAAUCUGGUUUGCAGACAUUAGAGGACAAAGAUCUUUUUUUUUUUUUAACAGGGAAUCUUAUUUUUUUAUUAUAUUCUUAAAGUUGAAGAAAUGCACUAUAGGGGUGUGUUUGAGGGAUGAAUGUGAGCUGUGAUGGAAAAUAAGCUUUAAAGUGUCCUUUUAGGGAACCAAAAGAAACAAAGUAUGUGGAGGAAGACCGAUAAAGAAAGUCUGACUGAUAAACAGCAGGAAACUAGAUUUCUAUAAAUGCUGACCGUUGACGCUGAUUCUCGAUGUUGGGUUUGGAGCACAAAUGCCCUUCUCUGCACUAUCAUCGUCACAGGAGACAGAUUUGCCCUUCGUUUACCCUUUUAUCAGCACAGCUUUUUCCUCUUGAUUUGUGUGGUUCGGAGCCUGUGAUCGAGUUGAUGCUUUUUCGUUAUUUGAGGCGCCGACGAAUGCCUGGUUUCAGUGAUUUGAAGUGACAGUCUAAGUUUUACUGAGUUCUGGGCUGCACGGCAACCUUGGAGAGCAAAAUGCCUUUACACCAUUCAGUCCAUGAAUGUUUACAUUUACUGUGGAUGAGUCACAUAAGAUACGAUAGACAAGUGUACAGUGAAAAGAAAAUCAGUUUCAAUGGAAUUCUGUGCCAUUGCAUUGUGGCUGCAGUGCCAGUGCGAUAGAAAAGAGUGGAAUUUAAAACAGUCUUGUACAAGCUUGUGUAUGUAGCAAUCUGUGGUUUGUUGUCAAGAAUAACAGCUAAAUAGAAGCUACUGCAUUACACAGAACUUCACAAUUCUUAACACAUACAGAGAAGCUCUUUUAAUGAAGCUCAUGGCAGACUGAAACAUGUCCAGGCUCUUGAAACUGUAUUAUAAGAAAAAAAAUUCUUGAGUUCUCCACUGACUUGUCUGGUUCAAAUGUGUCUGUCUGAGGGAUUUGAACCACACAAGUCAGCAGAGACCUUGACAAAGAUGAGUGACGGUGUCACAACUGUGCUGUCACUCUGCUCAUCGGCUUACUGAGGUCAAAGUUUUCCUCGUGUUCAUGCCAGAGCUACCAUCCAGCAGCUUUACUUGGAACACAAAAGCCAUCAUCUCAACUCACAGCCAUUUAAAGUAUUGUGGGUCAAUCCAUCUUAAUUCAUUUUAAAAAGUUCACACCUGGCCAUCUCAUAUUUGUCUUAGUAAAUGAAAUGUGUGCAAUUUUUGUUGUAACUUUUUGAGGUGAUUCUUCUUAAAGAGGGUGAGGUCAUGCCAUUUUUGCGUUGUUUUCUUCGUGCCAGUCGGUGGAUCAAUGUUUGAAGUGCCAUAGCUCGAUAAAUAAUGUCACUAGAGUCCUGAAACUGCUUUGAUAGAACAAUACCAACCAGCUAUACGAUGGUGCAAAUUUGGUACAAAAAUGUUCAUGUUGCUGUCUGAUAUUCCACCAACCCUAAGAGCUUUAUUUUUCAUCCUAAGAGGUAGAUUUUUUUUUUUGCCAAUGGGAGCUUUAAAAAUGUAGAGUAUGGUGCCAGUCGGAGGCAAAAUUUAUGAGAACAAAAUGAUUCAAAUUAAGUUUUUUGCAUUUAUAGCCAAUAUUAGGGCAGUCAAUUAGCAGAUGUGAGGCUGAAACCACUCCAAUGAUCCCAACUACAAGAGUUCUAUAAUAUUAUUACUGGGCUGUAAGAAAAAUCAUCGGUUUCUCAACUCAUGCUGCUUUGAAUAAUUUUAUAAAUUGUGAAUGUUUAAGAAUUUCUGUCAAAUUGAAGAUGGUGAAAUGAGGUGGAAUGACCCAAAUGUGAAAUUCAAAAAACACAUUUUUACGUUGAGAAUAGCAAUAAAGAUCUUCAUUUGAGAUCUUUUGUUGGCGACAGAAGCUCAAAGGCUGACAGUUUAGGAGACAAAAACAGAUUCACUCCAAAUAGCUUUUUCUCCGUUUCAGUAAAAGGAAACGGCUCAGAUUAAUUAACCAUCUACUUUGCAUUUAACAGCUUCGGAUCAAUCAAUUAUGUCACGAAGGCAAACAAAAAGUGUAUUUUCCACAAUUCCAUUAAAGCUGCAACAUCCUACAUUGUUUGGUGCCUGUCUUCUGUUGUCAGUAAUGUUCGAUGUGAUUGUGUGAACUUGCCAACAUACCUCUCAUCAUGGUGAAUGUAAAUAGAUCUGUACAUAUGCAGUUACAGUUACAGAUAAUCUUUCAGUGUUUCGGUAACCUGGCAUGGUGGUUAAAUAAUAGUGAGGCAACAUUGAAACGGGAUACUGUAUCAGCAAAUAUUCUAAUGUGCACUUACAGUUUAGUGUGUUAUAGAUUUGUUUAUUUGCAAACUGGAUAUUGUGUUGUGUAUAUUUAAGAUACUAUUGUGAAGCUACAAAUGUACUGUAUGUAUUUAUUUGCUUGAGUUCACAACAGUGUACAAAUAAAGACACUUUUUCCAUUUUAAAA